CCAUCUCAUCCCAUCCCUGGCGCCGGCCCGUUGGGUUUUACAAACAUCUGUUGUCUUGAAGAACAACGAGUUAGAAACUCAACGGUCAAUGAAAUAAUCUCCAGUGAUUACUGCCGCUGGGGGCUGAGGAGGGGCCAUGCCGCCCAUCAGUGAGGUGUGGAGAUACGUAACGCAGAGAGAUGAUCGAACCCUGGAAUGCACCAUGUGUGGCUGGCAGCUAGCCCACCCUUGCAGCACUGAAGUACUGCGCCUACACCUGCAAAACCACCACCGCAUCCACUUCACCACAGAGACCGGGCAGGGGGAACCGCAGGGAACCGACAGCACCGGAGACGAGACUCAGUGUGAGGAGGAACAGGGUCACAGCGACAUGCUGGACAUAGACAGCCCCGAGCCCCACAGGUCGCCGGGCAGCAGCAGCAGCAGCAGGCGCAUGUCGGAGAUGCUGCGGGACUGCGCUGCACAGCUCGAGGACGAGGAGGACGAGGGGCCAGGAGAUGGAGACCCUCACCCCACCCUGACUGAAGACGAGCUGUCCACGCUGCUUCGCUCCUGUGGGCCGGCCCGCAGUCCCCGGGGAAGCGCCGAGCUGACCUACAAGCGGCGGCUGGCGGGCGGGAGCCCGGACCGGGCUGAGACAUGGGAUUUCUUCAAGAAGCUGAACGAGCGGUGCGUCGAGUGCAGCCUCUGCCGCAAACAGCUCUGCUUCCACGCCAGCACGGCCAGUCUCCGGGAGCAUCUCCGCCGCAAACACCGGCUCGGGGAAGCGCAGCCCCGCCACGGCGCCGACGAUGCCUCGUCCGGAUCCGAGUCGGUGGGGCCGGAGCCCGAGGUGAAGAGGAACCGAGCGGUGGGGGAGAGAGUGGGGGUCCCGGAGUGUCCGGAGUGUCCGGAGCGGCGGCGGGACGUGCUGGACCGGCUACUGCUGGGCCUGGUUUACCGGGACCUGCAGCCGCUUGGCCUCGGGAAACAGACCGGCUUCAAGCGGCUGCUUGGUUACUUGGAGCCGAGUUACCGACCCCCGACAGCGGCUCAGUUAUCGGCCGCUCUGCGCCGCCUCUACCUGCGGGCUCGCCAACAUCUGGCGGCACAGCUGCGCUCGGUACCGGCGCUGGCGUUAUCCACUCACAGCUGGAGCGGCCCCGGCGGUCGGCCCUUCCUCACUGUGCUAGCCCACUACACGGACGCCCGUUGGGCCACGGUGCGCUGCGCUCUCCGGACCGGCCGAGCUCCCGGUCCCGACCUCCUGCUCUCUGCCCUCGCCGACUACCAGCUCCCCGCCGCUGCCGUCAUCUGUGUGGUGGAGGAUAGCCCGCGGGCCCGGGCCGAGUGGCCGCCAUACAGCCUCCCGUGCGCCCGCCGCGCCCUCGACCUCUGUCUCCGACAAACACUGCGACUCGAGGCUCUACAACCGGCACUCGGAGCAGCUCGCCGCCUCGCCGCGCAACUGCAGCUCGGCCCGGACUUCGGACACGGGCUGGAGCCGCUGGACAUCGGUCUCCUCCAGGCUGGACAGUGGCCGGAGCCGCUGGACACCGGUCUGUUCCCGGCCGGACAGUGGCCGGAGGCGGACACUGGCCCGCACUGGGACAACACGCUACAGAUGUGCGAGCGGCUGCUGCGGAUGCGGCCGGCACUGGACAGCGAGCCCGCACUUUCCCCGCAACACUGGCAGCUUUUGCGGGACCUGGUGUCCGUCCUGCAGCCGCUGCGGCUCGGCCUGGCCUUCCUGUCCGAGCCCCACAACGCUUCAGUGUCGGCGCUGCUGCCCUGCCUACAUGGAGUGGCCGCCGCGCUGGCCCAGUGUCCGCUGGAGGUGGCGAGCCCGGCCAGGGCAGCUGGGGCCCGGCUCCGACACUUGUUGUUGCGCCGCUGGGAACUGGAGAGCGGCCCCGAUGUGGCCACAGGUCCCGCUGGUCUGGCCGCUAUCGCCUCCUUCCUCGACCCGCGCUUCAAGGACCUGCGUUUCCUCGACGCCCGCACCCGGGACCACAUCCACCGCAAGGUGCGGGCACUGCUGGCGGCCACUCCGCCCGAACCCCGGCCUGCUAGCCCGUGCCCGCCGCCGCUCGGCCCGUCCCCAGGGGCUGCUAGCCCGGGCCCGCCCCCGGCCGCCCUGCCCAGCGACUAUGACCUGUUGUUCGGCGCGGAGCCGGCGGGCGCGAUGCCCGAGUCUCGGCUGCAGUUGGACGGGUACUUGUCCGAGCCGCUCCGCAAACGCGACUCCGACCCAUUCCACUGGUGGCGGGACAACGGGCAUCGCUUCCCGGCGCUCGCCCGCCUCGCCCGCCGCUUCCUGCCCAUCCCCGCCGCCGCCGGGCCGCUCUCUCCCCGCCACAACUCCACGCCCGCCGGCGGCACCGACACUGAUGUGGAGUACAUCGUGUUCCUUCACACAAACGUCCCGUACAUCGACCUCCUCCAGUGACGCCAAACCGAGUGGCCCUUCGGCCCGUCCACUCGCUGCUCUAACCCCACGCUCCCAGUACAGCAGCGCCAGUCUCGACAGAAGAGACACAAGCGACUGAUUGGCCCAAUCCUGCUCAUUAUGUGAUCCUAAUCCUAAUCAUGUUCUUUGAACGAAAGCUAUCCGUGCACCGUGGAAUUUGACAGAUUCUAUUUAUUCACAUAAAUAAACAAGGGCAGGACUUGAACAGUAAAUGAUAGAGUACAGGGGGAAAGAACACAAAGCCUGGAGGUGCAGGCACAUCAUUCCUUGACGGUGGUCUGAGGUGGACAACCUUCUUUAAUCCAUCCAACACAUGAACUCAAGCCAAUCCAACAUCACCUCCCAGAAUAAACCCGUGCUGAAUCUCCCUGAUCAACCAAUGCCUUUCUUCGUGGCCUCUGCAUUGAUUCCAGCAAUUUUUUUCACCCUGGAGCAGAUGACCAGCUUGUAGGUACUUGCAUUCCUUCAGUCAGUGACAGCGCUCCUCAGUGGGCAGAGUUACUCAUUGCUGUAACACUGAAACAAAAACUGAAUCCACAUUUCAUAGUCUCGUGUACCGAGGUACAGUGAAAAGUUUUUGUUGUGUGCUAACCAGUCAGCGGAAAGACAAUACGUGGGCCAUUUAUAGUGUAUAGAUGCAUGAUAAGGGAAUAACGUUUAGUGCAAAGUUAAGCCAGCAAAGUCCGAUCAAGGAUAGUCCAAGGGUCAUCAAUGAGGUAGAAAGUAGUUCAUUGCUCUCUGGUUAAGGGUAGGAUUAUUCAGUUGCCUGAUAACAGCUGGGAAGAAACUGUCCCUGAUGUAAUGGCUGCUUGUUCUAAUGUUGUGAUAUCCUCUGUACCUAAUGAAACAGUAGGCUGUGAUUAUUGCUGACAAUCUAGGGAGGCAAACAAGACCUGGGUUUAAUCUCUGCUCUCUCAGCAUGAAGCUGAAUCAUCAACCUACACCAAGUCUGUGGAGCAGGACUUGACUCCAUGACCUCCUGACCCGCCAGAGGCAGGCCUUGGCUCAAUCCGUGGGCUGACGUUUCUUCCCAGUUGUUAUUUUCAAGAGAGAAUUAGAUAAGGCUCUUAAAGAUAGCGGUCAGGGGAUAGGGGAUAGGGGAGAAGGCAGGAAAGGGGUACUGAUUGGGGAUGAUCACAUUGAAUGGCGGUGCUGGCUCGAAGUGCCGAAUGGCCUACUCCUGCACCUAUUGUCUAUUUGGCAACUGAACUAUCCUACCACAACCAGAGAGCAGUCCUGGACUACUAUCUACCUCUAUGAUGAUCUUCGGACUAUCUUUGACGGGGAACCGAACAAACGAGGCUAAGGGCGUCCUCAUCCACGGCCACAGGAGAAUAUUCCUGACAAUCAGAUGCUAAAUAUUUGUAUUGGUUUGUUAUUGGUUUAUUAUUAUCAUGUGUAUGGAGAUACUGUGAAAAGCUUUUGUUUGUAUGCUAAUUGAUUAAAUCAGAUCAUACAAUGCAUGAGUCCAAUCAUGGCAAGCUACGACAUCUAGUCGAAGGGCCGAAUGGCCUUCUCUAGCACCUGUUUUCUAUGUUUCUAGUGCAAAGAGAACUUUAGCAGAGUGCAGAAUCUACUUUUGCAGUGUUACAAGCCUAAUGUCCACGACGAGGUAGGAUGGAAGAACGGGACUGUUCGUAGUCUGAUAACAGUGGGUAAGAACCUGGUCCUGUAGCUGGCAAGCUUUUCCAUCUUCUGCCCGACAGAAAAGGGGAGAAGAGGAAUGAACAAGGUGAAAGAAGGUCCUUGAUUAUGUUGGCUGCUCUCCUGAGGCAGCGUGAAGUGUAGACGCAAUCAAUGGCGGGGAGUCCAGUCUGUGUGAUAGACUGGGCUACAUCCACGUCUCUGCAAUUUCUUGCGGUCUUGAGCAGAGCUGUUCCCAAACCACGAAUCCCAAUUGGAUAUUCUUGCAGUUGUUUUGAUUUUUAUUCAAAUGAAUUAACUUUCGUUUUAAAAUAACCGCAGAUGUUAUGAAUCUAAAAAUACAUCUUGGAAACACAGCAGAUCAGGCAGCAUCUGUGUAGAGAGAAACAGAGGUUGUAGAUCCUCCAGAACCAGGUGUCAAUCUCUCCCAGAUUUGAUGAGUGAUCAUUGAGCUGAAAACCAAGCAGAUUCCAUCUUCACAGAUGCUGCCUGGACCACUGAGUGAUCUUGUGUUUGCUGGAUGGACAACAAUGGACAAUUGUUUCAGGAUCAACAUGCUUCCUGCUAACAGCAACAUGUUGGUUUAAGCUCCAAUCUGGUGGUCUCCCUGCCCUGUGUGUGCGAAUGAUCUGUCCCCACACCCUCAGUGGAGCAGUGAUGGACCGAGCCGUUCCCUGACCGGUUGAAUGGCGGAGCAGACUCCAAGGGCCGAAUGGCCUCGUUCUGUCCCUAUACCUUAUAGUCUUGCCUGACCUAUGUAUCCCGUAUCCUUCUGUCAGUUAAUGAGCACGAGGAAGGGUGUCUACAUGUGGUGACGACACCAGUAUCUCAUCACAAACACAGCGGUUUCUGUGCUGGAAGUUGGAACUGCUCCCGCCGUUAGGUAUUAGACGGCCUUGGUUAUUCCCAAUAAACAGACGGCAGUGUGGAUAAAUGAUACAUUUUCUAUUUAUUUCCUGUACUGAUAAAACCACUGCCUCAUAGAAACAGGUGUAAAACAACUAAUUGUUAAGGGAACAAACCAUCCAUGUCACAUCUUCAGGAUGCCCAGAGCGUGUUACAUGUGUGGUCACCAUCAUGGGACAGGCAGGACAGCGACGUCCCCCAACUCAUGCAAAACUGAAUUCCAUAAAACUUCAAUCCAACGACAUGACCCAUUGAAGAUCAGUCCUGGUGUUUAUAGAAACAAAGAACUGCAGAUUUUUUUUUAGGCCCCAUUCGGUCAUGGCUGACCAUGGGUGUCUCCUGGGUUGGAGGACGCCAGUACGUGACUUUGUUUAACGUGGGGAGACUGGUGUACAGACAGCCACCACACACACGGUCCUUGACAGAUCUGGGUUAGGAUCCAGUGGCUUGGAGUCCAAGACGAACGGAGACCCCUUUCAUCCGCCUUCCCAGCCGUUGUGGCGCUCCACUAAGGUCAGCCAUCGUCCUCCACCUGUUCCACCAUUGAGGUCUUGGUUGGAUCACUCUUUGUCAGAGACCUCCCCCUCAAUCUUACCGCCAUGGGUGACCCUACCAGGACCAUAGCUCCAGACGGCAUCGCUCUCAGGAUCUCAGGACCACACAAGCUUCUCCAUCACGG